AUGGCUACUGGGGAGCAGCGGAGGCAAGAGGAGCGUCGGCGGCGGCGGCAGGCGGCUCAGCAGCAAGAGCUGCUCCUGGCAGAGAGCCUGGGCAAACACCCCCUGCAGAACAGGUGGGCACUGUGGUUCUUCAAGAACGACAAGAGCAAGAUGUGGCAGGCAAACCUGCGCCUAGUCACCAAGUUCAGCACUGUGGAGGACUUCUGGGCGCUGUACAGCCACAUCCAGCUCGCCAGCAAGCUCACAUCUGGCUGCGACUACUCCCUUUUCAAGGAUGGCAUCGAGCCCAUGUGGGAGGACAGCCAGAACAAGCGUGGCGGGCGCUGGCUCAUCACUCUGGCCAAGCAGCAGCGGCACACCGAGCUGGACCGUUUCUGGCUGGAGACGUUGCUGUGCCUCAUCGGGGAGAUGUUUGAUGAGUACAGUGAUGAGGUGUGCGGGGCUGUCAUCAACAUCCGCGCCAAGGGGGACAAGAUUGCCAUCUGGACCCGAGAAGCGGAGAACCGGGAAGGGGUCACCCAUAUCGGGCGUGUCUACAAGGAGCACCUGGGUCUGUCGCAGAAGGUGGCCAUCGGGUACCAAGCCCACGCGGAUACAGCCACCAAGAGCGGCUCCCUCACCAAGACCAAGUUUGUGGUGUGA